ACUUAAAAUUAUAUGUACACGAAGGAACAGCUAUAACAUAAUCAACAAUAAACAUGGAUGUUGCUGAUGUAACCUCAGGAGCUUCAAGGGUCAGAGAUGAGCUUGGGGAAAGAUGCCAAAAACUAUUUCAAGAUUUCCUUGAGGAAUUUACAGUUGAUGGUGAGAUUAAAUACCUUUCAGAAGCUCAAGAGCUGAUCCGGCCAGAGCGAAAUACACUAUCUGUUAGUUUCCAAGAUGUACAAACCUACAAAUCAGAACUUGCUACCAUUAUCCAGGAAGAAUAUUUUAGAGUUUAUCCAUACUUGUGCAGAGCAGUCCGAAAUUUUGCAAGAGAUCGUGGAGAAGUCCCUUUAUCAAAAGAAUUUUAUGCCAGUUUUAUUGAGUUACCAACAAGACACAAAAUUCGUGAAUUAUCCACUAUAAAAAUUGGAUCAUUGUUGCGCAUUAGCGGUCAGGUUGUCAGGACUCACCCAGUCCAUCCUGAGCUUGUUAGUGGUACUUUUAUCUGCUUGGAUUGUCAAACCGUCACUAAAGAUGUGGAGCAACAAUUUAAAUAUACACAGCCAAAUGUAUGCCGUAAUCCAGUUUGCCAAAAUCGUCGAAAUUUUCAACUUGAUAUAGACAAGUCACGAUUUGUUGAUUUUCAAAAAGUUCGAAUUCAGGAGACCCAGACUGAGCUACCACGUGGUAGCAUUCCCAGGAGUGUUGAGAUUAUUGUUCGCGCUGAAGCAGUAGAACAAGCGCAAGCUGGUGACAAGUGCGACUUUACUGGAACGCUUGUUGUUGUUCCAGAUGUGGCACAAAUAAAUAUGCCGGGAUCUAAAGCUGAAACACGUGCAGGCCGUGGCAACAAAGCAGGAGGUGAUAUUGAGGGCGUACGAGGCCUAAAAUCACUCGGUGUGCGUGAUUUGACAUACCGUUUGGCAUUCUUAGCAUGCAGUGUCACGGCCACAAACCCUCGUUUUGGAGGGAAGGACUUAUCUUCUGAAGAACUAAGUGCAGAAGCAAUUAAAAAGCAAAUGACAGAACAGGAAUGGCAUAAAAUAUAUGAAAUGAGUCAAGACAAAAAUCUGUACCACAAUCUUGUUAACAGCAUGUUCCCUACUAUACAUGGUAACGAUGAAGUUAAAAGAGGUGUUUUAUUAAUGUUGUUUGGUGGUGUUCCGAAAACAACAGCAGAAGGUACAACGUUGCGUGGUGACAUCAAUGUAUGUGUUGUGGGAGAUCCUAGCACAGCGAAAAGUCAGUUCUUAAAGCAAGUGGAACACUUUUCACCUCGUGCGGUAUACACAUCUGGUAAAGCAAGUUCAGCUGCUGGUUUAACAGCUGCUGUUGUAAAAGAUGAAGAAUCAAAUGAAUUUGUCAUUGAAGCUGGUGCUCUUAUGUUGGCUGAUAACGGUGUAUGUUGUAUAGACGAGUUUGAUAAAAUGGAUCCCAAAGAUCAAGUUGCUAUUCACGAAGCCAUGGAACAACAGACGAUAUCAAUCACAAAGGCUGGUGUAAAGGCUACAUUGAACGCGCGAACAUCAAUAUUAGCUGCAGCAAAUCCCAUUGGUGGGAGAUACGAUCGCACGAAAUCACUUAAGCAAAACAUUACACUAUCAGCUCCCAUCAUGUCGCGUUUUGAUUUGUUCUUCAUAUUGGUGGACGAAUGCAACGAAGUGACCGAUUAUGCCAUUGCACGACGUAUUGUUGAACUGCACAGUCGUAAUGAAGAAUCCAUUGAACGUGUUUAUUCUGUAGAUGAAAUUCAACGUUAUCUCACGUUUGCAAGAUUAUUUAAGCCCGUGAUCUCAAAAGAAGCCCAAAAUUACAUGGUGUCUCAAUAUAAAGUGCUCAGACAGAGGGAUAGCUCAGGUGUUGCAAAAUCCUCCUGGAGAAUCACUGUGAGACAGCUCGAAAGCAUGAUUCGCUUGUCAGAGUCACUGACCAGAUUGCAUUGUCAGGACACAGUCACACCAAAACACGUAAAGGAAGCCUUUAGAUUAUUGAACAAGUCAAUUAUACGUGUGGAAACACCCGAUGUUCAAUUCGAUGCAGAUGAGGAGGAAGAACGAGAAGAACUUAAUGAUUCUGAAAAUCUUACAAACGGCGAUGCAAACGAAGAGCAAGCUCCUUCCCCUUCAAAACCUACGAAGAGGAAAGUGAAACUAAAUUACGAGAAGUAUCGAAGUAUAGCAAAUACAUUGGUCCUUUUUAUGAGACAGGAAGAAGAUAAACCAAUCACUAGUAGCGAAACUGGAUUACGUCGCGAAGAUGUAUGCAAUUGGUAUCUGAGAGAAAUUGAAAAAGAUAUUGAAACGGAAGUAGAAUUGGAAGAGCAAACCUAUUUGAUUAAUAAAGUGAUUGAUCACCUAAUUAACGAGGACAAUGUUUUAUUAGCACUGAAGGAACCUAAUCUAACUGGAGAAAAAUUUCAACCAGCUGAUGAAAAUGAGAGUAAUCCAUACUUAGUUGUUCACCCUAAUUAUGUGAUUGACCAAUAGAAUUUCAAUAAUAAAAUCCAUUAACCAAUAGGAUUCCCGGACUUAAAAUCCUAAUAAAAUACUUCAAUGUUGCAUGCGCACAACCAUCGUUCUGUUGGACUAAAAGAUUUAAUUUAAAAAGAACCUUUAAAAAUCUGUAUUUAUGCUGUGAUUAUCUUAUGUAAAUAUAUGCACAUCUGUAAUGCGUA